AACACUCUUUCCACUCAAGUUUUUUUAUUAGAAAAAAAUAUAUGAUGGAAGUGCUUCUUCGCUUGCUUGUAACUCAAGUUAUCUUAUUGGCUUUAGCAACUUCAUUUGUAUCUUGUUACGAUCCAAAUCCUCUUCAAGACUUUUGUGUUGCCGCCAGCGAAACUAAUAGAGUUUUCGUGAAUGGCAAAUUCUGUAAAGAUCCAAAAUCAGUAACGGCCAAUGAUUUCUCUUAUUCGGGACUCAACAUCGCCCGAAACACCACCAACUUCCUCGGUUCUAAUGUCACAACCGUAGAUGUCAACAAAAUCCCUGGCCUCAACACCCUCGGAGUCUCCCUCGCUCGCUUAGACUUUGCUCAGGGAGGUCAAAACCCACCGCACAUACAUCCACGCGCCACUGAAAUACUCGUAGUCACCAAAGGAAAACUCCUGGUUGGGUUUGUGUCUUCGAACCAAGACAACAAUAGACUGUUCUACAAGGUUCUUAAACGAGGAGACGUUUUUGUGUUUCCCAUUGGUUUGAUACAUUUUCAAAUGAACGUUCGGAGGACAAGGGCGGUCGCGUUUGCUGGGUUUGGGAGCCAGAAUCCUGGUACCAUUAGGAUUGCAGACGCGGUUUUUGGAUCGAACCCUUCGAUUCCUCAAGAGGUGUUGGCUAAAGCUUUUCAAUUAGACGUUAAAUUGGUUAGAUUUCUCCACAUAGUGUUUGGUCCGCCAUUAUGGUAGUAAGUUUUAAGAUUGAUGAUAAAAUUUGUGAGUUAAUCACAUGAUAUACAUACAUGUAUUUAAAUCCCAAACUUAUAAAUUUGUAUUUUUUAUUUGUUUUCUAAAUGAAUGUAAAAUUAGUUCAACCCU